AUGGUUCAUUUUCUUUACCAACUCCCAGUUCCUACUUGGAUCCUGUUUCCCAGUCCUUCGGCUUCCUUUGUUGUCAAACCUCCGAAAAUACAAAUAACGAGGCCCACCUUUAGUGGACUUGAAAUGGCUGACGACCACAUGAGUUCGCGGAAGUUUUUGACGAGAUUCGAAAACUGUUGGUUGGCAUGGCCAAUGACACUGAAAUGCUCCCUCUCCGACAGAGCUUUAAGACUGAUUAACCAUUUGAGUUGCACGGAUGCCAACUAUCGGCGUGCUCUUUCGGUGUUAAAGAGGGAGUAUUUGGACAUUGAUGAGAUUAUGGACCAAAUAUUUCAGUACAUCCUAGACUAUGUCCCUAAAAGGGACACCUGCUGUUCCGAUCUGGGUGAAUUCAUCUCCAGGACUGCCUCUCUCCUGGAGGAGCUUGGGAACUUCUUUUCUUGCGGCUUUUCAGCGGACGAUUCUGGUGAAGCUCGCCUAAUGGCCAAGAUUGUCUUCCAGAAAAUUUCCAAAGAAUUGAAGGAGGGAAUGAUAGGACUAACAGGUAAAGGAAUACCAUCAUUGUCUGCCAUAUUGGAACUUACAAAUAAGGCAGUCAAACGAUUACGGGUUAAGGGAGGAGCGUCUGCUGCUUCUACAUUCACCACUGGCCAGGGUUCUUAUCAAAAAACCGCACGUAGAGCCACUGUUACUUCUUCCUUUCAUGUGGAUUCCAACAACCUGACAUCUGCUGGUUAUUCCCGUAGCUUGCCCUCCAUCUUAUUGGUUACUUUCUUCCGUGGAGAAAAAACCGGUGGCAGUUAA